AUGACUUCUUCUGAAGAACCAAAAGGGGUUCCGGUAAAAUCAUUUAGAUUUUUGGAAAACUUUGACAACAAGUGUCCGCUUUCUGAAGUCAUUCCUGUUGAAAUCAAUCAUAAGUUAAAUGCAAUAUUUUACAGUUCGAUGGCCGAUUACGUUAUUGAUCACAAAGAACACUUGUCACCAUUAGAAACCACAGAAAUGCAGAAAAAACUUGAAACGAUCAGUGAAACACAAAACAUGGUUCGAGUGACGUACAAAUCGGGUAACUUAUUCGAAGGACAAUUAUUGUCCGAAUGGAUACCAAAUAACACAGGACGUUUACGCAUUGACAGUGGCGCCGUUUACGAGGGACAAUUAAACGACGGUAUUCCCGAGGGCAGGGGCGUCAUAAAAUGGCCGGACGGCAGUUGGUAUAGAGGCGAAUUCCUGAAAGGCCUUAGGCACGGCCGAGGACUGCACGUGUCCUGCGAAGACGGCCGCCGGUGGUAUAGCGGCGAAUGGACGGGCGGCCAGAGGAACGGACGGGGAGAAACGGCCUGCUGCGUCGGUCAACCGGACGGCGCGUUGAAUUACUCCGGUGACUGGGUGGACGGGCGGCCGCACGGUAGCGGCACUGCGAGUUGGCCGGACGGGACGCGGUACACCGGUGGCUGGUCACGUGGCCGACCGCACGGCCGCGGUAAGGCAGUAUGGCCAAACGACCACGUGUAUGAAGGUGAUUGGGUGGACGGACACAUGGACGGUACAGGUAUAUACGAAUGGAAUAGCAAUCAUAAAGACUACGAACGGCUUGUGCUUCUGUGCUUGUGUGACAAGUACGUUGGCCAAUGGUCAAAGUCAAAAAAACACGGUAAAGAUAAGUAA